GUACGUUAUGAACAAAAACUCAAAACUCGCUAAAAGUCUAUACCAAAUUAACUGCGCCUGAUGGACGUGCGCCCACGUUCUGAGCCCGACCAGUCUUUGUAGCCGUUUCCCCUAUGUGGACGUAGAAAACGUGAGUUUUAUUUGGUGCCUAUUAUAGCGUUAGACUGAUUUAAAUAAUGCAAACAAUAUUUGAUUAUACCGAAAAUGAGUGUCCCUGGUAUUACUUCGACAGUUCGUACAAAGUCCUAAUGGGAGCUUGUCUCGUUGUCUUCGGUGUAUUCGGGGUGCUGCUCAAUGGUUGGCUGUUCGCCACGUUCGUCCACAGUCACCUACUUGUGUUUAAAAGUCACGUACUCGUACUCAAUCUAUGCUCGGCUUCGUUUGGCCGGAAUUUACUUGGAUUUCCAUUCGCUGGAUCAUCCGCAAUUGCUAAAAGAUGGUUGUUUGGUCCAACUUCUUGUCAACUUUACGCAUUUUUGCAUCAGUUUUUCGCCGUUUUCCAAAUAACUGCUCUAUUUUGUAUCGUCUUAGAGAGAUAUCUUUUAGCGAAGUUCUACAAACUUGAAAGAUGUCUAUAUUUCAAAUAUUAUUGGACUCUCCUCGGCGUAUGUUGGGUGAACUCGGUGGUGUUCUCUGCUCCUCCCCUGUUUGGAUAUGGAGUAUACUCCUGUGACUCCACGGGAACAUCCUGCAGCCUGCUGUGGCCGUCACUCGACUCUGGUGCCAAACAAUUAGGAUUUUCUGUGCCAUACGUAAUUGUUUGUGGACUCAUACCUGUGGUUGGAAUAUUUUAUUACAUGGGAAAAGCUGUUCGCUUGGAGAAAAUUUACUAUCGUGGUCCACAUCUCAAAGAUGAGAGUCGAUUUACAAAGACUGUCCACGUUUUAACCGUGAUCACUCUAGCAUUAUGGAUACCUGCUGCCGUGUUGGCUGGAUGGCAGUGGCUUCCAGUACUUCUUUAUGGCUAUCGACCACACGUACCACAGGUGUUAGCCAUCGUAGCUCCUAUUUCAGCUGAGGCAGCGACCAGCGUCCCAGUUCUCUGCUAUCUAGUAGGAGACGACAGACUACGAGCGGCGUUGAUAGGUCGCAUGCAGAAACAAUACGCGUUGCUGCAUCCCAAAUAUGCCAGAAAGUAUCAACGGGACAUGUACUAGAUGAGACAGAGUGAUGUCUGGUGAAAAAUGCGUUGAUGCAGCUGGUUAGAAGUUUCAGCAGCAGAUAAUGAAAUAGUUUUUGAAUGUCAUGAAUUGUUGCGCCCGAGAAAGAGUUUUGGUUCCUAAAUUAAAGGAUUAAAGCGUU